AUGGAAAAUCUCGAGACCACGCGUGGCCCGGGAAACCGCGAUCGUGGCGUCGUCGGUAGAGACGGUGGCGAUACGAGCGGUGGGUCCGUGUCGCCGGGUGGCUGGCUGGCUGGCUUUCCCGGGCGCGCCGACGCCGACCUGGCCACCGCUAUCGGCCGGAGCUGUCCUGCCGCAUGGGCUCCUGUUAGUGGAUUUAAAAAAAUUGCGGAAAACGCACGAAAACGACGAUUCCAAUUUCCCGAAAACCGUGGUAAAAUGGUAACCGGGUGA